CCCCAAUUUGGUCUGUGCAUAGAAACUCGCUAGCCGCUAGCUUUGUUCAUGUUCUGCUGCUGUGAAAUCAUCAAUUCUUCGCAUUUUCUUAUGGAAGCGGUUCGGCAUCACAUGUGGGGUAGAAAAAUGUGUUUGAUAGUGAAAAUAGCAAAAGUUAAAUAUAUUUUAUCUUCUCAAUGACACGUUUAUGUCUGUGUAGUACACCGCUAUGUGUAAUGUCACUAUAGAUGUUCUACUGUACCGUUAUCCCUCUUGACAGAGCUCACUUCAGAUAUACAGUUUAAGUAACUUUAGCGCUUUAACAACUCUUCGUGUCUUAAGUGGUGGCUUUAUUGCGAACUGUUUAACUCCUACUGCCGUUUGAUAAAAGUUUAAAUGAUGGUUAAUUUGCGUCUAGAAACGUGGUGAUGUGUUUGAGUACGUGGCAGUGACUGACACCUCUGGUAAAAGCUACGGACUUUAGUUUUCUCUACUGUAACAAUGAAGUACGCUGUACUGCUGACCCUGCUGCUGCUGCUGAAUGUGCAUCAAGUAAAAUCAGCAUCUAAAGGCGUCACUGCCAGCCUGAAAGCCAAGUGGAACAUGACCCCCUUCCUUCUGGAGACAAGUGAAUUUAUUGGAGAAGAUGGAAACGAGAAAUUCUGGCAGUUUGUCGACACAGUGAAAGAACUUACUGUCUACAAGCAAGGAGAGUCCGUACGCUCGUAUUACAACUUGAUCAUAAAGAAAGCAGGACAGUUCCUCACCGAUCUUCAGGCUCAUCUCCUCAAAUUUGCCCUGGCCCUGCGCUCCUACUCACCUGCCAUCCAUUCAUCACAGCAGAUAGCCAGUGAUGAGCCUCCGCCCGAGGGAUGCUCUGCCUUUGUCUCCGUCCAUGGACAACAAAGCUGCAGCACCAAGGACAUCAAAAAGCUCCUUAAGGCAGCUGCAGGCAGGCCAAAACCGUACCUGUACAAGAACGAUCACACAUAUCCAGGAGUCAAUAAAAGUGAUUUGUCAGUCGUGAUUUUGUAUGCGGAGAUCGGAACAAAGAAGUUCAGCUCUUUUCAUAAAGUGCUGUCAGAAAAAGCAGAAGAGGGGAAACUCGUCUACGUUUUGCGGCAUUUCUUGGUGGAUCCAAAGCCCGCAAAGAUGCUUUUAUCUGGGUACGGCGUCGAGUUGGCCGUCAAAAGCACGGAAUACAAAGCCGUGGAUGACACCAAAGUAAAAGAUUCGAAGAGCGUUACAAACGCUGGGGAGGAUGAUAAUGAUGAAGUUCAAGGAUUCUUCUUUGGAACAUUAAAGAAAUCUCAUCCUGAGCUCCAGGAGCAUCUGGGUGAGCUGCGUAAACAUCUCCUGGAGAGCACCAACGACAUGGCCCCUCUCAAAGUCUGGGAAAUGCAAGAUUUAAGUUUCCAGGCAGCAGCAAGAAUCAUGUCCGUACCAAAGUUUGAUUCCUUGAAGGUCAUGAAAGAUCUCAGUCAGAACUUUCCAAGCAGAGCCAGAUCACUGACAAGAGUGGCCGUUACGCGAGAAAUGAGGAAAGAAAUUGAGGAGAACCAGAAGUAUCUCAGCGAGUCUCUGGGUGUCCAUCCUGGAGACGGGGAACUAUUUAUCAACGGACUGCACAUCGAUUUGGACGUUCACAACCCUUUCAGCAUCUUGGAGAUCCUCAGGGGGGAGGCCAAGAUUUUGGAAGGUCUUCAUAACUUAGAGAUUAAAGGAGAACACCAGGGCAAGCUGCUGAGUUUACCUGUGAACACGGUGGAUGACAGCUAUGCCUUAGACAUCAGGCAUCCUGCUAUUAUGUGGAUGAAUGACAUUGAGAAUGACCAUAUCUACCAGAACUGGCCAUCAAGCCUGCAGGAGCUCCUCAGAGCCACAUUUCCUGGUGUCAUCCGACAGAUCAGACGCAACUUCUUUAAUAUGGUGCUUUUCCUGGAUCCACUUCAAGAGGAAAGUGUUGAGCUGUUAAAGCUAGCUGAGCUUUUCUACAAGCACAAGAUCCCCUUGAGAAUUGGAUUUGUGUUUGUUGUCAACCCCAAAGAUGAUAUCGAUGGCUUCUCAGAUGCAGGAGUUGGAUUUUACCGACUCCUGAAUUACAUUGCAGACGAGUAUGAUGUACCCCAGGCUGUGAUGUCUAUGAUCUCACUGUACAACAAAAUGGAUGUGGGAGAGACGUUGUCUGCUGAUGCGAUCUCUGCUUACCUGAAGAGAAAAUACCCAAAAGCCGAUCCUGAAAACGUUCUAGGAACAGAAUCUGAGUACGACUAUAAAAGGAAGGACGGUGCGCUCUUUUAUAAAAAGAGUGGUUUGGAUGCUCUGCCCCUCGCUUUAUUUAAUGGAAUCCCCCUAAACCCUGAUGAGAUGGACCCAGAGGAGCUGGAGACCAUUAUUCUGCAGCGAAUAAUGGACUCCACCACCACCUUCCAGAGGGCUGUCUUUAUGGGCCAGUUAGCUGAAGGGAUGGAUGUGGUGGACCACCUGAUGGAGCAGGCCAACGUGGUUCCCAGGAUGAAUCCACUCAUUUUAAGCACAGACCGAAAAUACCUGGACUUCACAGGCCGGCCAGUUGUAGAUGAUUGGAGCGACACAAGCAUGUUUUCAUUCUUGGACUCCAGAGACAGAACAGCUGUGAUGGCAAAAAGAAUGAAGUAUUUCACAAAGAGUGAUGAGGAUGGUAUGACUGCUGUGAACAUGUGGAUAGUUGGAGAUUUUGAAAAAGUUCCAGGAAGAAAAUUAUUGCUUAAUGCUCUUAAACACGUGAGGGCCAGUCCAGGCGUGCGCUUGGGGGUGAUAGAUAACCCCAGUGGAAAACCCUCUGAAGAUAACACGGUGCUGUACAGGGCAGUCUGGGCUUCUCUCCUCACCCAGAAGAAUAAAGCUGCUGCAGAGUUUGUGCAAAAACUCCUGAAAGAAGAGAGCAUCCAGCUUCUCCAGCAGAAAACGAAGAUAAAAGACUUACUGAUGCAGGGCAUGGAUGUAGACGCCUUUGAGAAAAAAUUCAACACACUGGAAGUUGAUUUUAUCCGCAGUCAGCAACUGUUCUGUCAAGAUGUUCUAAAACUCCUUCCUGGACAGCGAGCCGUGAUCAGCAAUGGGAGGAUCAUCGGCCCGCUUGAAGAGCAAGAGGAGUUCACUGAAGAGGAUUUCCAUUUGCUCCAAAAGAUAACACUCAGAGGUUCAGCAGAGAAAGUCAAAGCCCAAGUAAAACAGAUGGGGAUGAAGUCAAAGCUCGCCAGUGACUUAGUCAUGAAAGUUGAUGCCCUCCUCGCUGCAUCUCCCAAAAGAGAGGUCAGAAGGGAUGUUCAUUUCAGAAAAGAUACCCACAGUGUGCUCCACCUCUCACAGCGUGAAAACGAGGUGUUCUUCGAUGUUGUGGUCAUAGUUGACCCCCUUACUAGAGAGGCCCAGAAGAUUUCCCAGCUCCUAAUUGUGCUUAGUCAAGUGGCCAAUGUAAAACUGCAGGUGUUUAUGAAUUGCAAGGCUAAGUUGUCGGAGUUACCCCUCAAGAGUUUUUACCGUUACGUCUUGGAACCUGAUGUGACGUUCUUAGCCAACGAGACGGUUUCUCCAGGACCAGUGGCCCGUUUCAUGGAGCUCCCAGAAUCUCCACUCCUCACUCUUAAUAUGAUCACACCAGAGAGCUGGAUGGUGCAGGCGGUGAGCAGCCCGUACGACUUGGACAACAUCCACCUGCAGGAGGUGAACGGGGUUGUGACUGCGGAGUUUGAACUGGAGCACCUCUUGUUGGAAGGCCACUGCUUUGACCUGUCGACCGGCCAGCCCCCCCGUGGACUGCAGUUUACGCUUGGCAUGAGUCGGGACCCGCUCAUGUACGACACGAUUGUCAUGGCUAACCUGGGUUAUUUCCAGCUGAAAGCCAAUCCCGGAGCCUGGAUUCUAAGAUUACGCAAAGGGAGAUCCGAGGAUAUCUAUCAGAUUCUCACGGAUGCAGGGGACGUCAUCGUUGUGCUGAACAGUUUCCACAGUAAAAUCAUCAAAGUUCGGGUGCAGAAAAAGGCGGAGAAAAUCAAUGAAGAUCUUUUAAGUGAGACGACUGAAGGCAAAGGAAUCUGGGACUCCAUAGUGAGUGUUUGGAGCGCGUUUAAGAGAAGCAUCGCAGGCGGCGGCGGUUCCAAGAAGGAUGAUGGCGAGAAGAAAAAGGAAGAUGAUUUAAACAUAUUUUCCGUGGCCUCUGGUCAUCUGUAUGAGCGCUUUCUCAGAAUAAUGAUGGUGUCUGUCCUUCGGCACACAAGAACGCCAGUGAAGUUCUGGUUUCUCAAGAAUUACCUCUCCCCUUCUUUCAAGGAGACCAUCUCUCACAUGGCAGAGAAGUACGGCUUCCAGUAUGAGUUGGUGCAGUAUAAGUGGCCACGUUGGCUCCACCAGCAAACGGAGAAACAGCGGAUCAUUUGGGGUUAUAAGAUCCUCUUCUUGGACGUCCUGUUUCCCUUGGCCGUGGAUAAGAUCAUAUUUGUGGACGCAGACCAGAUCGUCCGAGCUGACUUGAAGGAGCUGAGGGAUCUAGACCUGGAAGGCGCUCCUUAUGGCUACACACCGUUCUGUGACAGCCGCAGGGAGAUGGACGGGUAUCGCUUCUGGAAAAGUGGAUACUGGGCCUCACAUCUAGGACAUAGAAAAUACCACAUCAGCGCUCUGUAUGUUGUUGAUUUAAAGAAGUUUCGGAAAAUCGCAGCCGGGGAUAGAUUACGUGGUCAGUACCAAGCACUGAGCCAAGAUCCAAACAGUCUAUCCAACCUGGAUCAGGACCUUCCCAACAACAUGAUCCACCAGGUGGCCAUCAAGUCUCUCCCCCAGGAGUGGUUAUGGUGUGAAACGUGGUGCGAUGACUCCUCCAAACAAACAGCUAAGACUAUAGACCUGUGCAACAACCCAAAAACCAAAGAACCCAAGCUGACCGCUGCAGCAAGAAUUGUACCCGAGUGGGUCGAAUAUGACAGUGAGAUUAAAGAGCUGCUGGGAAAAGUCCAGGACCAGGAGGAGAUGGCGGCACAAAGACAGACACCCUCCUCCUCGAAGGGUAAAGAACAAAACCGACGGGAUGAACUUUAAUUCCUGCCAGCACCACGCCGAAGACGAAGGAGGCAGCACCUUUUUACAGGCAGGCCACCUGUGAGGCUGGAAGACAGACAGUUCCAUCUAAACAUAGCCACGGAGUGUUAGCUCCCCAGCCGGAGGAGGAGGUGAUCAUUUCAGAGAUGCCGAAUCUGCUCCUGCAGUCAGGAUGAGCGUGAGCUUUAGGAAUCAGACAGAUGGGCUUCAAAUCUGGUAAGGAGGUGAAAAAAUGAAGAAAAAGAAGAUGCUGGAUCAAUCAAAGCACUUUAUGGUGUGUUUUUGAAACUGAAUUGUUAGCUGUUGUUGAACUUGUGCACAAAAACAUACAGAACUUCACCACUAAUAAAAUAUUUAACGUUCUUUCCAAAACAAAAGUAAAUUUAGAUAUAUUUAGAAUUAUAAUUAAAGACCCACUCUGAAAAAAAUCGUGUUAAAGGGUAAUUUUUUUCUAAAGAUGGUAACCCAGACAAGGAAGGGCCUAAUGUCCUUUUAGCCGAAUUGGAAAUCAAAUUAAAGGCAAUGUACGACACAGGCAGAGCAUGUAUAAAGAAAAUUAAGCAUAAAAUUCUGUUUCUUUUGAAGCAGAAGCAGAAGAAAAAAAUAGCAUAUUAAAAGAUGGUAUUUGUCACAUUGAAAGUAUUCCAGGCGGGGCCUCAAGCUUCCUGCAAGGGUGGAGGGCGGAGCUGCUCCAUACCAGAGGUCCCGCCUACAACUUUCAUGUAAACUACUGCAAAUUUGCAGAAAUUGCAUUUCUAGAAACCGACUUCCUAACUAUGUAGCCACAAGGGAGCCCAAAUUGGAUUCUCCCUGUACCUGUCCCCAGCCCGCAUAAAAUACAAAAAAAUGCGAAUAAAAAAAAAAAUGCGAAUCAGUGGAAGCUGAUGUACCAAAAGGUGAACAACAUGUCCUGGAACAUGACAAUUUAUUUUUAAUUUUGGCUAAAAACAGCCUAAUCAUAAUUAAAAUGCCACUGGCAAUGCUUUUAAAAUCAACCAAAAGAUGAUUGGAGUGGGUCUUUAAUGGAGAAAAUGUGACAGCUUUAACUAAAAUGCCAAAUUUUCUUAUUAAUCUUUCCCAAUUUGAAAGGGAAAGUGACACAAAAUUGCAGAAACAUUCUGAAAAUUCCUGCUAAAUUUGGGUUUUCACUUCCCGCUUUCAGCCUUCACUUGAAUACUUCUCUGGCUGAAAAAAGUCUGACUCAUCACAUCUGGCAGGAAAGAAAAAAAAUAAAGAACAUUGUUCAGGUGAAGUUAGCUGAGUGUACAGUUCUUAGAAAGAACCCAAUCCCCUCAGAGAAAUCUCCAUCACACUCAAGUGAGUAAUGAGAGCUUUUGUUCUGAUAAUCAUCAGAAAUGUACAGGAGGGACGCAGCAUUUACCCCAAAGAGAGCUUUGUGCUAACGGGUUACAUUUCAAUGAGUAACUCUGGGGGUAAAAAGGGCCAUUUUACUGAUCCGUACUUGAGUAUAUGUCAAAUGAAGAGCAGUUCUAACCUCUAACCCCGUCUGCUACACUGAGUCCAAUGUGUCCCACUACGUUUUCUGCAUCUAGGACUCACAGUCUGUUUUUUUUUUUUUUUGUGUAUGCCAUAAUUUUUAAUCCAAACUGUGUACUUUUUGUUACUCAGGAAUUGUUUGUUCACUUUUUAGUAAAUAUUUGAUGAUACUUUGUACUUUAGUAAACUGCUUUAAAGUUAGAAUCCUGUUUAAAGGCAGCUGUCACCAUAAGUGGGUUAAUUUAUUCUCAAUAUUUGGAAGAAUGUGAUUGGCUGGAAUUAUUUUUGAUUAAUUUGUUAAAGAGUUCAUAAAUGCAAGAAUUAUUUAAUUCAGGAUGUUUUAAAAUAUUCCCAAAUUUCUUUUAUAUCCUAAAACACCUUAAUGUACAAUUUGUUCAUAAGAAAUACAUUUAAAGAAGAGUGCUCCAUCCUUAAAAAGCCUUUGGCUCAUCAGAAUCCUCAUUAAAGAUCAUGUUUUAAAGGUGGAAAUCUUUUCUUUUUUUAUUGUUUUUUUCUCCAUGUUUUGGUCUCAGGAAACCGUGUUGAUGUUUGAAGCUGUGGUUCAUGUCGGGGUGGAGAAAGUUCCUCUCAGGGCUCAACUACAAAUGCUAAUGUUAGCAUUCAUGAGAAAAUAAAUCGCUUACUCCAAACAGCUCCGAAAAGGUCAAAAAUGAUUCAUUCAGUAUGAAAAACUAACUUUUUCCAUUGUGACAAUGAAGAUAAAAAGCAAAAACAACAAUUUUCAAUGAAUGUACAUAAAUAAGUCUUUAUUUACAUUUCAGGAAAAAAAAUUAAUUCAUAUAAAAAUAGAACAAAUUGAAUUAUGUGAACUGCAGUGAGCAAUACUGGACACAAACAUAAUUUAAAGAGUCAAAGUCAUAAAAAUUACUGUUUACUUCUUAACAGCUUUUUAUGCAAGGCAGAUAUUUGUCAGCAUGGCGACAGACUGAACCGGCCUGAAGCAGAAACGCCAUUGGUCAACAACAAAUGAUUUAAAGUCACCGUUGGCAACACAUUUCUGUGAAGCUUAAAGAUCAUUUUUGGAAUAAUCUCCUUUUUAAAUAGGGAGGACAAUACGAAGAAAAAAAAAA